AUGGUGGAUCAGAGAAGAAUAGUAUUGUUGUUGUGGGUGGUGUUGCUGUUCGAGCCCACAUUUCAGCAACCGAGUCAGCAGCCACUGAGUUCACACGCCGACCGAGUUGCUUUGCUUCAGCUCAGAUCGUCUUUGGGUCUGAGGAGCAGGGACUGGCCCAUUAAGUCAGACCCUUGCUUGGUAUGGAGGGGUGUUGGAUGCAGUAAUGGUAGAGUUGUAGGGAUUAACAUUUCUGGGUUUAGAAGGACUAGACUCGGGAGUCAAAACCCACAAUUUUCGGUUGAUGCUUUGGCCAAUUUGACCCUUUUGAGCUCUUUCAAUGCCUCCAAUUUCUUGCUGCCGGGUUCCAUUCCCGACUUGUUUGGCCAAAGCCUCGGGUCUCUGCGUGUUCUUGAUCUCACUUGGUGUUCGGUGAAUGGUCCUAUUCCAUCGAGUCUUGGAAAUUCUACCAAUCUGACUAGUCUGUCUUUGUCUCGUAAUAACCUUACUGGGACCAUUCCUGCUAGUUUGAGCAACCUGGUAAGCCUUUCGGUUCUUGACCUCUCUCAAAAUCGGCUUACUGGAUCCAUUCCCACAUCUUUUGGGAAUCUCAGGAACCUUUCUGUUCUUGAUAUUUCUGGGAAUUACUUAUCCGGGUCACUUCCCUCAGGCAUUGGGAACCUCUUGAAGCUUCAGUCUCUGAAUCUUUCCAGCAACAUGUUGUCUUCUUCCAUUCCUCCUGAACUUGGGGGCCUUGAUAGCUUGGUUGACCUUGACCUCAGCUCCAAUCUAUUGUUAGGCCCGCUGCCUUCGGGUUUGAAGAACUUGCAGAGAAUUCUAGUUGCAGACAAUUUUCUUGGUGGUUCUCUUGGUGUGCUCUGGUCAAUGCCUCAAUUGAGUUUUAUUGAUGUGGCUGGUAACAAUUUCACUGGUUUGCUGCCCAAUUCUAGCUCAAAUGCUAAUGCCACUGCUGCAGUAUUCAAUAUUUCUCGAAAUUCGGUUUAUGGGGCUAUUACACCAUUAGUUGGAAAAUUUGGUGUUGUUGAUCUUUCAGGUAAUUAUUUUCAAGGUAAAAUACCAGGCUAUGUUGGCACCAAUGCAUCUCUUGACAGCAACUGUCUCCAAAAUUUGAAGAAUCAGAGGACUUUGGUUGAAUGUUCAUCGUUUUAUGCUGAUAGGGGUUUGAGUUUUGAUAAUUUUGGGCAGCCAAACUCAACACAACCUCCUGCAGCGGCACCGCCUGGGAAGAAGAGUAAUAAAAAAGUGAUCAAAUUGGCAUCAGUUUUAGGAGGAGUUGGUUUGAUUGUGGUUGUGGUCUUGUUUUUAGUAAUACUAGUCCUCUGUUCACGCAAGCGGGGAACUACAACUCAAAGGGGGAUUGGUGUGGGGCCAGUUCCUGCAGGCAGCAGUCCCCCACCAGCUGGAGGACCGGUUAACUUUUCUAGUGUAGGAGAUGCAUUCACAUACCAGCAGCUUCUUCAAGCUACGGGUGAUUUCAACAGUACAAACUUGAUGAAGAAUGGCCACACUGGGGAUCUCUUCAGGGGUGUCUUGGAAAAUGGGAUCCCUGUGGUUGUUAAAAGGAUUGAUUUACGUUCGAUUAAGAAGGAUGCGUACUUGCUGGAGUUGGAUUUCUUCAGUAAAGUGACAAGUACAAGAUUUGUUCCCUUUCUGGGACACUGUCUAGAGAAUGAGAAUGAGAAGUUCAUGGUGUACAAAUACAUGCCAAAUGGGGACCUAUCAAGUUCUUUGUACAAGAGUACCAACACCCUGGAUGAUACUUCGUUACAGUCAUUGGAUUGGAUCACUAGAUUAAAGAUUGCAUUAGGUGCUGCAGAGGGUCUAACUUAUCUGCAUCAUGAGUGUGAUCCACCCCUCGUGCACAGAGAUGUUCAAGCAAGCAGUAUACUUCUUGAUGAUAAAUUUGAAGUGCGGCUAGGAAGCCUGAGUGACGUCUGCGCUCAAGAAGGAGAUACUCAUCACAGCAGGAUUACUAGGUUGCUGCGUUUGCCACAGUCAUCCGAACAAGGUGCUUCUGGUUCAUCAACAGCAUCAUGUGCCUAUGACGUCUAUUGUUUAGGGAAGGUGUUACUUGAACUGGUAACAGGUAAAUUGGGCAUCAGUGCUGCCAGUGAAUCCCAAUUGAAGGAAUCGUUGGAUGACAUACUUCCCAACAUCAGUAUAUAUGACAAGGAACUUCUGAACAAAAUUGUGGAUCCGUCUUUGAUUGUUGAUGAGGACCUAUUGGAGGAAGUGUGGGCCAUGGCUGUUGUGGCCAGGUCCUGCCUAAAUCCCAAGCCCUCAAGGCGUCCACUAAUGAGAUAUAUUCUCAAGGCUUUGGAAAACCCGGUCAAGGUCGUAAGGGAAGAUAGUACUGGCUCUGCAAGGCUCAAAACCGCCUCUUCUCGAGGGUCAUGGAAUGCUGCUGUAUUUGGUAGCUGGCGCAGCUCAUCUGAGGUAGUGGUUAUUCCAGGAGCGUCAGGUACCAAAGUGGAAGGAGCAAGUGGUUUGAAGCAUUCAGCAACCACCGGUUCGCAGGGAAGUGGCCAAAAUGGUGGGGGUGAACAUUCAUCCUCACGUAGACGGCAUUCUAGGGAUAUUUUUCCCGAACCAUCUGGUGUACAAGAUGUAGAGAGAUAUGACCAGGACUAGCCAAUUAAUGUUCAUUGUUCUCGAUUCUUUAUCAAUAAAUACAGCAGGCUUAUUUGAGUGCCUGUUGUUGGUACCACAGCAAGCUCUUGGUUUUGAAGUGAAGUGGUGUUUCGAGCAAAUUUUUGUACAUUGGAGUUGCUGCAUGGUUCACAGCUUUUCUGGGGGGCCACUAAUUUAGUUUGAGCCUUGAGGAUGAAUCUGGAUAUAGAUAAUUUGGGAGGUGAGAAGGAUCAGGGGUGCCACAGGCGGAUACAGAGUUGAUUUUUAUUGGAGGGCUUCUGUAUUGACAGAAGCAAGCUCAAAUUUAUGUGCAAUUGAUUCAUUGUCUUGUUUAGUUUCUGGUCAUAUGAAAAUGUAAAUUUCAUUUGUCAAAGAUUUCUUCAUCCAAGUUAGGUCUCACAUUUUGGUUCAGGAAAACACCACCAGAAAUGGCAAUUGAACAGAAGAGUGCUUUACAUAUACUGACAUUUCAGUUCUUUUUGUUUAUAGUCCAUUAGUCCAUUUGAAAGAGUUCAAGCUCUGAUAUUAGUGACCCCAUACUCGUUCGGGCCAAUCCGUAUUAAUGAAUGGAUAAUUGUUCAACCUGC